AUGGCGGAUGCAUCUAAGACCUUUCAAGUCCGAGGAAGUACUUAUAUUGCAUGGCCAAUAUCUGUCUCCUUUGAUAUUGUAGGCUGGCAUGUUAUAAUCCGGAUGAUGCAACAAUUUCACUAACACGUCUGAGCCUGAUGGAGAUGAGAAUUCAGCCCUGGUCACCUGUUUCGAUGUGGAGGAGAACAGUAUUAUCAAUGCCAGCAUCAUGUCUGCAUGGCGAGACGAACUUCAAAAGGACGACGUAUUUGCUCCGGAAUUUCUUCAGCAAAUAAUAUUUACUGGCCUCGGUUCUCGCGAGAUGAAGCUUGCAAGCUAUACCGAAAAAACGUUUAAAGAUUGGAAAACUCUCAGAUUCUUUCACGUACCUGCUCUGAAAGUUGCUGAUGGCCCUUAUUGUAUCGAGCAGGGUCUUCUUUAUUCGAUAUCUAGGGUAUAUGAAGAUCGCCAGCUUGCCUUUUUACAAGCCAUCAAGCCAUCUCAACACGACAACGGGUAAGAUCCACUUUUGUCGCAGCAGUGUAAUUCACUUACCAACUUCCGACUCUUCAGGUCCUUUAUUCAGAUCGAUGCCCCCGGUAAUGGCUACCGAUCCCACGGAGUAGCUGUUUCCUAGUAUUUUCGACGCUCUGCGCGAAUCUGUAUCAGAAGCUCGAUUCUCCAAAGAACCAGUAACCGAGAUUCUCUAUCCUACUGACCUUAUGCCCAUUAAUAAUCCCGAACAAGUACAAGCAAUGAAUGAAUUUCUUGACGACAUUUCAGAGGCCAUGGAUUGCGCCUAUCAAACUAUUUCCAUUAACGAAGACUGGAAGAUAACAGCAACUGUCGAGGAAAAGGAUUUGAGAGCCUAUUUGUACCAUGUAUGUCAUCAAACAGAAUAAUCAGUAAUCCGAACAGAAACUGAUAUUAAGAAUAGACAACCAGCCAUGGUUGGUUCUACGCUGCAUACAACGCUUUCGAUGAAUUCAGACAGAAAUAUCGGGAAGCUAAUGGCCAUGAUCCUUUUGUCACGGAAGUGGUGAGGUGGUAUUGGUAUAUUUUCCCCUUUCCUCUAAACAUAAUCCGGUCGCUCAUUUGAACAGGUCUUUAGGAAGCGAAGUUACUUCAGAGCAGUAUGAGGAGAUCAUGAAGCGUUUCUUGGUCUUCAAGAAAUGGUUUUGUUGGGCUGAAGAGUGUGGUGUACUGAAGGUCAUGGAGAAUUGAUUGAUUGUUUGAGAAGCUAUUGUACAGAGUAUUUAUAAGGGAAGGAAAAAGGGGCAAAUGAGAAAGAAAGGGGUAAAUGAGAGGUGGAGCCGUAUCUCAAUACAGACGCUGUACAAAUAAUAAUACAAUAAUAAAUAAGUGGAUUCCACAUCAGGUGAUAUGGUGGAUCCAGCACAACAGGUUUAUAGAUCGCUAUAUGCAAGGAUCUGCGUUGAUUGCCUUGCACAUCGAUACCGUCACCCGGAAAUAUCGUGAUCAAUAUCCUGGCAAUAACAAUCUCGAUGUACCAGGUCUUCGUGCAACUUAUAUUUCACCAAUUUUGGGCGCCCCUGAGUUAGCGGUACCGAGUAAGUAUGUUCUCACCUUUUAUAGCUCUUGCUAAGUUCUAUUACUUUUAGUCACAGAGCUUCCUUACGAAUCUCGUAUCACUGGAAAGACAGAACAGUUGCCGAUGGUAGUUUCGCUUAUGGGUAGACCUGGAAGGGAUCAGGAGCUUCUGACAUGGACUUUGGAUGCCCUGCAAAAGUCUGGACGUCCUACUCAAGUCAAGACUGGGAGGACCGCAUUUUGA